AUGGUCGGCGUACCUCGAAGUAGCGGCUGCGCUACUUGUGUGAAGCGUCGGUGUGACGAAAGACUCCCAGGAUGUGCCAAGUGUGAGACAUAUGGAAAGCCAUGUCCGGGGUACGACAGAGGCUUCAAGUUCAUCACCGGAAAGCCAUAUCGUACCCGCAGGCGUCCACCGGGUAAUGGCAGCAGCUCGCCAAACAAGCAGCGGUCCGACAGGGUGAGCCCAAACGCGGGCAAUCACUCCCAAUCCGCCUCUCAGGUGGCUGUUCAGAAAGAACAGCCGUGGUGCUUGAUUUCUGGAGACAUCAAUGUCAUGCAAAGCCUAGAAGCUCUCAUUGAAGAUUUUUCCCAACCAGCACCAUCCUCUCAGAAGCAUAUUGUUUCCCACUGGUUUAGUUAUCUACCUUCUGUCUAUGGCCAUAACCGAACGCUAGAUGCCACCAUCAAGUCAUUUGCGGCACAUCAUUUUGGAAAAAUCUUUCAAAACAACCAGAUGAUUGCUUAUGCUCGAUCUGCUUAUGGAGAAUCCCUGCAUAGACUUCGAAAAUCCCUGAAGAAUCCUUCUGAGUGCCUCUCUUCACACAUCUUCUGCUCCGUUGUACUGCUAUGCUUAUACGAGCUGUUUACCGAUACCGAGGAUCCUGAAUCCUGGAUGAAGCAUGCAAAAGGACUUGGCCAAUUGGUCAAAAUCAGAGGACCUGACCGUUACUGCAACGAGCUGGACAUUUCACUGCUGAAGGUUUCACGGGGACUGAUCGUUAUGCACUCAAUGUUCUCUGGCGAGGCCUGCUUCUUAGCUACCCAAGAGUGGCAUCAAAUGAUGCGGCAACAGUGUGCCCCUGGGAUAUCGAGCGAUCUCCACCAAUCCAUCGAGCAGUUCUUUGCGUACUUCACAUACGCCCCGAGUCUCGUACAUAGAUUCUACCACCUGAAAGAAAUUGAUAUCACCACUCCCGAGGCACUACAGAUCAUAUCGGCCACGCUGGAACAAGCUCUCGACUUACAGAGCAAAUUGGCACCUUGGUACGAGCAAUUUUCUCAAAUUGCUCCCCCACCUAGUGAAACCUUGACAUCGACCGACGACCUUACAUACCCGAUUGUCUUGACGUAUUCAGACAUGACACAUGCAAGCAUCUAUUGCGGCUACUACGCCUACAUGAUCAUCAUCCAUGAAGUCCUGAAAACCUUUGGGUACCCUGGCCCACACGCAGCCAUGGUUAUCUACUUCCGAGAUCAAAUUUGCCGAUCAGUCGAGUAUAGCAGCGUCGGGGUGCUUGGCCCCUAUCGACUGGGGUUUCCUCUGAGGGUGGCAAUUGAGGUCGCAGACCCUGCAACGAGAUCGUGGAUCCUCGCUCGCCUAAGCCAAUUUUCAAAGAUUUACGCUGCUUCCCAACCAAAGAAUUUUGAACCUAUUCUUGGAUCAAAUGAACAUUAA